GGCUUUCCCCUGACUAUGUUAUCUUAAUGGAUAAAUAAAUGAAGUUCAAAUCAUAACAUGACAUUGUCAAAGAGCUUGUCAAGAGAAAAAAACAAAAGUUUAUUGACAACGAAGAGAGAGAAACUAUUACAAGCUAAAGGUGUAUAAAAGAAUGAUAUAAAAACAAAUGAGGCGAUUGUUCUUCUAGUGUUUUUGUUGUCCCAUUAUAUCUGUAGAUUGUUUGAUUAAAAGAACUUAACACGAUGUCUCAACUGAGAGAAGAAAACUUAGAGCAAGUAGACGACUUUGAUACAGAUUCGAUAACAAGUGACGGUUAUGCGUAUGAUGAAGAGCAAUUGGUUGAUGAAUCGACCAAUCAAAAUAACGUAGAUGUUGAAAAAACGUUUCCAAUAAGGAGAGCUUCAUCGUGCAACACGUACUGUGGUUUAUGUGAUGCAAAUAACCCGAAUGUAGCUAGAGUAGCAAACGGGGGUUUUGCGUUACGAAAGGUAGCAUCUUGUUCUUUAUGCACGUGGGACAUUGACGAAAGAAUGUCGGAUAACGAAGAAGUGAAUUUGUCUGAAGACGAAGAUAGGUCUUUUGAACGUACGCCAUUAAAAAGAUCUAACUCGUACACAUUAGCUAUGGAUGAAAUAGACAUGUUGUCUGAAAUUGACAAAUGCAACACUGAAAUGUCAGUGGACCAAAACGAACAUAGUAACGGCAAUGUACACUCAGAUAUGCUUCGGUUACCACCAGACGGGGGUGAAAGUAGUAUAGAUGAAUUAGAAAACUGUUCCGCAUCAAUAGAUCAAGUUAAUGAUACUAAUGAACUUAAUAUUGAAAAUUCUUUCGAAUGUAAUAAUAACAAACAUAAUAAUAACAGCAAUAAGAAAGAAAAAAAGAGUAAAAUUAAAAAACAAAAAAAUAAAUCCUCCAAAAACUCACUAGAUAACAUAGCUACCCAAGAAUUAGAUGACAUAUUUGGUCGAAUUUCACGAACUCCAGAUUCAAUGGUAUCAGUAGAUGAUGAUGAUAAAUUUAGUUUGAACCUCAGCAAUGAAAACUUUGGUAGUCUUUCAACGGGAAAGAAAUCUCGAAGGAUUUUAAAACGAUUACUUCCACCUCGCUCAUUAUUCAGCAAACGUCAAUCGAAUUUAACCCCUCAGAAAUCGCGUAGUGUCGAAUAUCUUUACACGAACGAUUACCGACCAUCAGAAAUGCUGCAUAAGUCUCUUUCAACGAUCGAGAUUGCAUCGUGUGGAAUCGAUAACCAAGCGUUAUACGAAGAGGAAUUUGAGGUGGAUAAAAGUGUUAACGAGAAAUGGAUAACAUACUUGAAUAGAAUUGGAGGGAUGUCUGUAUUUGGAGGAAAUCAAAUGUUGCGUUAUGUCUGGCACCAAAUUGACUGCUAUCAAAAUGAUUUACUACAACCUUUUGAAGAUGUGGUAAAGAACAUUUUGGAAGAGUUACAACAAGCUUACAUGAAAUGUCAAGAAAUGGAUAGUUUACUAAUUUUGAAAACUGAACAACAAGAAAAGGAAACUUCAAAGAUUUAUGAAGAUAUGGAGCAAGUGGUUCAACUGGAGCGAGAACAGAUGCAUGAAAAGCACGCAGAGAAAGAGGAACAAACAAGAACAGAAUAUUCCAAACUGUUAGAAUUAAAAGAACAAGAAAUUCAAGAACUUUUAAAAAAGAAUCUUGAAUUAGUUGAGAAAAAUGAGAAGCUACAAUCUGAAAAUGUCGACGUGAUGAGCUCAAAAGAAAAUAUUGAAAGUCAAAUUUCCCAACUCACUUUACAUGAAAGACAAUUAAGAAACGAGAACGAGGCUUUAAAUGAGGAAAAAUCUGCUUUGGUCGAAAAAAUUAAGGAGUACGACAGUAGCUUGAAAGAGUUACAAGACCAUGUCAUUCAGAGAACAAAGAUAGCGGAGCUGGAAAAAGAAAAUUACAAACAAUGCUUGCGUCGAUAUCAAGAUUUAGUCGAAGAAAAAGAAUUUCUAGAUGUCAACAUUAGCAAUCUCUCCUCUGAAAUAGAAGAUCUACGCAUUCAAAACAAAUCACUGUUAGACCAACAACAAAACUGGACUAAUUCCAGUAUCCAUUAUGAACGCCCUGUUUCUCCAAUUGACCCACUAGAUGAUAAUUUUGAUGUUAACUCCAACACGGACAUGUUUCACUAUCGUGCUGCUUCUCCUGAGAAUAUGGCAAAUAAGAGUACCGCAUCGUCAAUUUUCAGUGACAUUCAAAUAUCCGCUAGUCCUGCUACUCCGCUUAUUCAAACUCCAAAUGGCUUGACACCUUUGAAACAACGUUCAUUCGAUCAGAGCAAAAAUAUUCUCACUUCAUCACCGAGGAAACAAAUGUAUAAAAAUUCUGUCCAGACUCCAAUACGACUUGCCUCAUCAAACCAAACAGAAUUUAAAGUCAUUUUCACUGGUGAUGUUAAUGUAGGCAAGACAAGUUUAAUUCGUCGUAUUUGUCACAAUAAAUUUCGUGCGAACAGGGAAAUGACUUAUGAGGCAGAUUAUUUAACUAAAGUGGUCGAACAUAAAGACCAAAAAGUCCGUUUAAAACUUUGGGAUACAGUCGGUCAGGAAAGAUUUAACAGUAUACCCCCGUCAUAUUUUCGUAAAUCUGACGUCGUUAUAUUGAUGUACGACAUUGAGGAAGACACCUCAUUUUUUAACGCUAAAACCUGGAUACGCACAAUUCACGACUACACGACUGAGCAUGUCUUCCUGGUUUUGGUUGCAAACAAGUCAGAUUUGCAUCAUAAACGAAGAGUGCAGAAAGAAAAAGGGGAGCUACUUGCGAAGGCUCAUGAUGCUAUGUAUGUAGAAACUAGCGCAAAAACAGGCGAGAAUGUAAACACUCUCUGCGAUAUGAUAGCUAGCACUUUGUUAGAACGUGAAGAUACCGUAUUUAUUCGAAAUAAUUUCGAGAACAAUUUAUGCAGUUUAAGUUACUCGAAGAGAAAAAUGGCAACUCCAUCAAUAUGCUGUCAGUAAAAACUCACAAUUCGAUUGUUGGUGAAUCUCUAAAUCAGAGCCUGAAGAUUCAUGUAUUAGUUUUGACUAUACAGCCUAUCAAUAUUCUUAGAAUUGUAACAAAUUGAAACAUGAGAAGAUAACCAUAAAAAAAAAACAUUUUACAGCCAAUUAUGUUGAGAAUUUGUUUGAUCACAUAUGAAGACAGUACGAUAAAUGUUAGCAUUUUAAAUCACAGUAUUAGAAUAUUUAUAUACAGAUGCACCAUAUUGCAUUUUCUCUAAUUAUAAUAUACAAACUAGAGAGGUUAGUAUAAGCGCUUGGAUCGCAUCCCGCAGUGACGCUGCUUUUUGUAUCACAUGAACAAACAGCUGCCCUGAACUUAUGCAACAUAUUUAGAAGUUGCAGUCAUUACUCCUUUAUUGAGAAGUUUUCACGUGAAAAUAUCACCUUUUCCCUAGCAUUAAUAACAGCUACAGUAAAAUAUUUUUUUAUAUACUUUCAAGAUUGUAGCGCAAGUUAGAAAUUUCUUUCCUGCAUCUUAUCGGAGAAAUUUUUUUCUCUCCGUUAAACGCUUAUCUAUUAUUGCCUAGUUUUGGCUUUGACAAUUGCAUUCCGUAGGGUAAAGUGUUAAAAAGGACUGUAUGUGCUAGAAGGUUACCAAGGCAACUAGGGAAAUUUUUUUUAAAAUUUUGGAACUCACUUUGAGAAUUUAACGUGUUGACAUUUUGUGAAACUUUAAAUAAAGCAUUUUUCUUUGAGGAUGGUAUACACCAUCAAAAAUAUUUAAGACUGAUAUCUGAAGAAGCCACUAAAAUAAUUACCAGCAAUCAUUUUUUUCGUCAAUCUUUCAGACCUUUUUGUAAGAAAAAGUGUAAUAUACGCUGAGAAAACAGGAAAGAGAAAUUGUUCCAAACAUUAUGCGCAAUUAUGAGUUAACCACUACCAAUUUAUAUAUUUGUAAUUUACUUUUGUAUUAAUUUUAUUUAUACAGAAGUUCUCAUAUUAGCAAGUAACCCUUUUAUAAGUUGUAAAAUUUUAUAAACGAUAUAAGAUGGAAAUAUAAUCUAGAUGUCCAAUUACGCAACAAAAUAGUA